AUGCUACUCCGUCCGCGAUUGAGACCAUUUACCCCUCUCCGAGCUCUCCCUCGAGCUCUAGCUCCACGUCACUAUGCGACAGAGUCGCGGUUAACCUCGGACCAUGUUCGCAUCGUCGAAGUAGGCCCGCGAGAUGGAUUGCAGAACGAGAAGAAGACGAUACCCAUGGAAACCAAGUUGGAGCUUAUUAGGAAGCUGGCGAGAACGGGCAUGACUACCAUUGAGGCUGGUUCUUUUGUGCCUGCGAAGUGGGUGCCACAGAUGGCUAGCACGGCAGAGAUCUGUGAACAACUCCUACGAUCGCCGCCAGAGUCGCAAACAGCGAUUGCAUACAACUACCUCGUCCCCAAUGUCAAGGGGCUUGAGAAUCUCAUAAAAGUCAUGGAAGCAAAUGCAUCGGACAUACCACCCAAAUCUACUGCCUCCACAGAAGUCUCCGUCUUCGCGGCAGCAACGGAAGCGUUUUCCAAAGCAAAUACGAAUUGCACAAUUGAGGAGUCAUUAGAGCGCUUCCGACCUGUUAUCUCACUAGCAAAAACCAAAAACAUCAGAGUCCGUGGAUAUGUCUCUGUCGCACUGGGCUGUCCAUAUGAAGGACCUGAUGUGUCGCCAACCAAGGUGGCCGAUGUCACCGCUUCGCUUCUUGAGAUGGGGGCUGACGAGGUGUCUGUUGCUGAUACCACGGGGAUGGGAACCGCCCCUCGUACGGCCGAGCUCUUGCGCGCUCUGAAGGCGGCCGGUAUUGCGAAUAAUGAUCUUGCGCUUCAUUUCCAUGACACAUAUGGCCAGGCACUGGUUAACACGAUUGUUGGGUUGGAGAAUGGGAUUCGGAUCUUUGACAGUAGUGUCGGUGGUCUUGGGGGCUGUCCCUAUUCUAAGGGUGCGACUGGGAAUGUGUCGACCGAGGAUCUUAUCCAUACCCUUCAUGGUCUUGGUAUGCAUACCGGUAUUAACUUGGAGGAAAUGUCGAAAAUUGGAUCGUGGAUUAGCGAAAAGCUGGGGCGAUUCAAUGAGAGCCGGGCUGGUAAGGCGACGUUUGCACGGCUUUAA